AUGGCUCUUUUGAAGCCUGCACUGAGGCUGCUGGAAGUGGUUGAACAGGGGAAAUAUGAAGAGGCAUUAUCAAUCACAAACGCCGAUGACCAAGAUAUAAAAGGUUGUCUCGUUUCCGUAGCUCCCGAUUUGAUUUACAAAGUGGCUUACAGUUUUGGAAACCAGAAUAACAUUCAACUUAAACUUUUGCUCACCCGCCUUUUUGAUUUAAUUACGUUAGUGCCACAGAAGUUUCGCAUUUGUUACGAGUUACUCGUUUGGCGUACGUCACCGCUCCUUACUGAUGUGCUUGUAAAUCAGAUAGGCUUGCUUAUCACGGAGGAGUUCCUGGUUGUCUACCCAGAAUUGUGGAACCAGAUUUGUAACGAGCUACCGAUUAAGUUGGAAAAGAGACUGUGCGAGCGACUGGCUAGCCCUGAUGAAGAGUUAUGGUUUGCAAUAGUGGAGUCCGCCCACGUUUUAGCCUUUUUCGACAAAAUUCCAUUCAGAGUUCCUUAUAAAUUUGAAAAAUUGAUUGACGUAGUUUUGAACGAGAUUGCUUCGGAUGAGGCUGCAGCUUAUCCUUUUUUGAUAUGGUAUGCCAGGGAACAUCCAUUUUCCCCAAAGCUGCUGGGUCACACGGAGCCUACGGUAUUGAUUCCCAACGUAUAUGAUUUGCGGUUUCUUCAGUUGCGGUUAGUGGAGGGGAUAUGCGAAUACAUCAGCACUAACGAGUUUAAUCGGUGCGAUGGAACCUUCAUUAAACCUCUUGCCAAUGCUCUGAGAUUUUUACAUAAACUCUGUUAUGACUGCCGUGAACUUUAUGCAAGACAUAUCGACAUUUACGCGGAGAUGUUUGUUCUUCUUGUUCGAUUUAUCGAAGAUUUCGAUGUGGAGGCACAUCGAUUUGUAAUCAUGAAAAAAUCUCAGGAGAUCAUAACUUGUUUCCCAACGGAACUGCGGGUACUUCUUCUGAAACACAUAAUAGGAAGGAUUAUCAAUGGGACUCAUCUGUUUUUGCCAAAUGAGUCCAAGGUUUUGGCAUGGUUGCUGGAUCAAUUGCAGCAAAACAUUUGCGAGAAAGUCUGCAUUGACGAGUUGGGCAGCGUAUUUGGAAUCUUGGAAUGCGUCGCAUACGAUGAUGUUCCCUCAUCGGCUGCUUACUAUGUUUCAGUUUUGCGGAUAGUGAAGGCGUACGCUUGUCACUGGUUUGUUUUUUCUUCUCCAUCACGAUUCUACCGUCUUGCCAUCCUCUAA